AUGUCGCACCCCGCCUUUUCGUCUGGGCAGCCCCCGGGCAUGAUCGGCAGCGCGGGAGGCACCGGCUCCGCCUUGCUCCCCAACAUCACUGCUGAGCUUCGCGGCGAGUUCUACCCACUCCUCUCCACCCUCGCCAGCUGUGAGAGCGGCAUCUCGGCCACGUACGUGAUGGAGCUCUUCUUCACGCUCGUCCGUCUAGACGCAGUGCUCAAGGCAAAGGAGAGGCAUCUUUUCGUGAGCACCGCACAGCAGCUUAUCACGCGGCUGCUGCAGCAGUUGCAGAGGGUGCAUCACAUGCGUCAACUCAUCGACGAGAACGAGCGCUUCGUCGGCGAGCUUGUCGAGCGGUGCACUGCACUGGAACGUCUGUGCAGCGACCGCGACGGCGACGGUGAAUGCCACACGAACAAUGGUGAAGACGCAGACGACAUGGACGUGAGUGGGCAGGCCUUGCCAACACCUCAGGUAGAGGACGACGUUGUCGACGGGCACGGCGAUGGCGAAGAGACAGUGUACUCCGUGGCCACGACAAGGGCGGCUGGAACCGCAGCGACACAUCUCCGCACCUCGCCACCGGCCGCGCAUGCCGGCGGCACCAUCGUCGGCCCGGAACUGCGGCGUUUUUCGUUUGACAACAGCCUCGACGAAGUCGCGAACCGGGCCUGGACGGUGCAGCAGUCACGGCAGCAGCAGCAGCUCAGAGACCGCCCCGGCGGCAGCGUGCGAUCGACGUCGGCAGAAACGACGGAGGGGGGCGGGACGACGGCGUCCCCCUCUACCUCCUCCUCGCUUCACCAGUGGCUCCUGCAGCGUCCUCCACCACUGCAGCGGCAGAGCAGUGGUCCUCCCACAGCCAGUCGUCGACAGCAGGCUGGGCACGCCCACAGCGGUGCGACCACACCGCGUGUGCAUGGCAUCAUCACCAGCCCCGAGCAGGCGACCGGCAAAACCUUUGACGAGGAUGGAGCGCGGGUCGAAACAACUUCGGGUAGCUUCGCAGGAGCAGCUACACCUACCGAUGUCACACCUGCGGUGUACAUGGGCGUGCAGCUAGCGCUCCAGGGGCACUUCCGCAACAACGUCCGGCACACUCUCACCGGCAGCACGCUUGCGGCGCCAAGGAACCUGAAAGAGCUGGUUCAGCAACAACAGCCGCUGCCGCGCGGCAUCACGGCGAGACCAAGCAGUCACAGCUGUGAGCGGGUCUCGACAGACGGUGGCGUUGCAGAGGCGGACGUGGACUUAGCUCUACAGCAGCAGUCGCUGACCCUGAACCCCUCUCUCGUCUCCUCCCCAGGGGUGGCGCAGCAGCCCUUCUUGUCCUCUUACACCGUCAACACUCUUAACGCCAACACAAGCAUCUUCUCCCUGGCAGGAGCGCCCUCCGCGGCGUCGACGAACAACGCUCUGGGCACCGAUACGGGUGGGUCGCUCGGCCUGAAGAUGGACAGCGGCUUCUCUGCAUUGUACUCCCCGACGACGCAGGAUCCGGUGGACACGGCGAGGGUGUGGGACCGCACGUUCUGGAGAUUUCUGGGCGGGCUCACCGCCACUGGUGACCUCGCAGUGCUGCUCACGCUGCUGAACACAGAAAAUUCAGCGCAGACGCAGGGUGCCGCAGCACUGACCGCUGUCACCAGCGGCGUCUCCGCCGGGUACAAGGGCUCGUUCGGGACUGGCAGGGGUGGCGCGAGCACAAAGAGCGGCAUGACAAGCAACGCGGCGGCAGCGACCGAUGCGGCAGGGGUGUCUGGUAAGAGCCUGGCGGCCAGCCCGCACACACCCAAAUGCGGGGUACACCUGCUUAUGGAGGCACUCAAGCGCAGCGGCACCUACUCGCAUCUGUUGCCCGCAGAGAGCACUUUUCAGGGUCUGAGCCACAGCAUCGCCUCAGGCGCAGGCGCAGCCGGCGGCGCCAGAGUCGCAGACGAGACAGCGAGCGGCCGCGUUGCCACUAAGGGUGAGCGGGAGAUGCUGGACGACGAGGUCGAGCAGCAGCAGCACGCCCACGGAACACCGCUGAGCCCUGAAGCACAGAACCCUGCCCCCGCCGGUAGUGUGUGGUCCACCGGCUCGCGUAUGAACAACAACGGCUGCACAGUGCUUCUCAGCUUGGAUGACUUCGCGAGGGAGGAAGAGGUGCGGCUGCAUCGCGACUUCUGGACGCAUAUCCCGACUAUCCUCGCGACGCUCACGGAGGGCGUUAUGUACAGCGGCAGCCACGGAGCUGCACAUCCGCACAAGGGCAGCGGAAGCGCGCCGUGUGAGGCAGGCACCGGCCGUGGCGAGGUGGCUAGCCUGCGUGAUCAUCACGGCAGUAGUGGCUGCUGGAACUCCGCCCCUCAUCACGGUUCCACCAACGAGAGUGGGAGAGGUGAUGAGGCGCUGCAGGACCUGGCGGCGAGUGCUGGCGUUGCAGCCUCGGCAGCUGUGGACGGAGAGGACGAGAGCGCACUCGCUGCGCUUCAUCUACCGAGCGUGGAAGCGCUGCAGCUGCUGCCCACCUUCUGCCCUUUCCUGCACAACUACACUGGUGCAGUGGCGCGGCUGAUCCGCUCGGCACCUGAGUACGCGCGCUCCACACAGGCCCAGCACGCUCGUGCGCUCGCCGUCGUGGCAGCCGCGGCAUCUCAACAGCAGCAACAGCAACAGGCUGCCCUCUCACCCAACUCCAACGACGCGACCGGCAUUGGCGGCGAGUGCCCAGGGGAGUUCGAGCACAGCGUCACCGCCUCUACCAGCUCAGCAAGCGUGCCGCUGAGCAACGUGCGUGUUGGGCUAACGCGCACGGCGGCGCAGCGCUUCUCUGCGGCGCACAUGCAGGAGUUGAAGGACAGCCACGCAUCACUCAGCGGGAGUGACCGUCGACCUGGUGGUGCUGCUGCGGCGGUGACAGGGUGCACUUCGAAUGCCAACAGCCCAGCACCCGCGGAGAUUGUAGAGCACGGCCUGUUGGCAGCUGGGAGUCGCACAGAGGUUCGAGCGGUGGACGUCGUCGUUCACGCCCUUGUCAACGCUAUCUAUGUCCAGUGCGUCAUGGCGGUCGCGAUGCAGCAACAGGCACGCGCCAAAGCCACGGGCUACGCGAUGGCGGUGCGGGCACCCACGGCCGUAGCAGCGGCGGCGGGGGCGGCAACGGCCGACGGGAAGACCACUCUCUUCGAGGAUGGUCGCACGCCGGGUGUCGGGAGCUCUUCGCAUGGAAACGGGCCGUGCGCGCGGGGCUCAUCCGGUGGCAGCUCUGCUGCGGAGGGCGGUCUGGGCACGAGAAGCGGCAGCAACAACGCCAUCAUGGUCACUGACGAGGGCCGUGUCCUCGAUAAAAGUACUGCCAACGUCAGCCUGAACUACGCCGGCGUUGGCGAGCUUAGCGGGUCGAAGAACGGUAGCCCUAGUGGUGGUCUACGCGACAGCGGCAGCGGCGGUGGCUACUCGCUGAAUGCGAGCUUCGGUAUGUCGCCGAACACGUUUCACUCGAGCCUACAUACACCGCAUCCGAUGGCCAUGCGCGCCGGCGGCGGCGGCGGCGGCGUUGGUGGGGCGAUAGGGUGCAUGAGCAACGGCUCUUACCAUGACCCGCGAAGCCAUCACCUACCACAGGCGCUUGCGCAUCACCAGCAGCCGCAACAGCCUUCACAGCUACUGCACAACUUCUCGUUCGACACAACGUGCUCGCCAACGGAUGCAGCGCUCUCGCUCUUGCGGAUGGCGCGUGAGGGUAAGAGCAACGGCAACGGCGCCGGGGAAGGGGAGGGAAGGCUGGACAGCGCCGGCAGCGAUGGAUCUGCGGCGGCGAACCUUGGCCUCCAGCCGUCACUGGGUCUCCCAACACCGUGCACCAAUCUGCACUCCAUCGAACUCGCUACGCAGGAUAUCGUCGCCUGCGCCAACGACUUCUCAUGGGUGUCGCUGCCGUGCAUCAUGAAGGCGGAGCUGCAGCACCUGCAAGAGCAGCUGCGCGGCACCAGCUGCGCGGCGCAACGCAUGGAGGGGCAGGUGCGAGGUGAGCUAGCCUUGCUCAUCUUCCGCCUCCUGUCCAUUGUCCUGGACUGGCUUAUGCCUGCCGUGUACGUGGCAGACCCGCGCGUGUGGUUAUUCUACCGCAAGUGGUGCUGCGACCUGUACCGCGUCUUGUGCACGGAUGCUGCCCUCCUGGAGGAGUUCCACAGUCUCUUGAAUCAGAGCGACCUCGCGGCGAGCAGCACAGCGGCGGACGUGAGUGGUCUGCCGAGUGGACGGCGUGGGCCGACAAAGGAUGUGCAGGGGGUGAGUCGGGCCAAGGCGCGCUCGGUAGCCAGAGCGCCUACCUUCGGCCCUCUACGGGACCCGCCGUCGUCGCCAGGUAGUGAAAUGGUGCAGCCGCAGCCACAGGCUCGGUUACACUUGCCCGGCACGCCAGCAGCAGUGAGCACCGCCGCCGCAGACAACAGUGAUUAUCACGAUGCCAGUGCGGGCUUCGUUGCGCUUGAAGGAGCGGCGGCGUCCACGGGUGGAGCUGCGCGACACCGUAGCGCCCUAUGUGCUUCACCUCUGACGGACAACGCCUCGGCGGCCACCAGUGCAUCAAUCGAGGACGCCUUCAGCUUCAUCCUUCCAGGGUCCAGCCUCGCUGUUUCGGUGUCGCACGAGAUGCCGCCCAUGCAACCUGGGGUGCUGAACCUGCUUGCCCAGGAAGAGGCAGAUCGAAGAGGAGAAGCUUUAGCCGACAUGGCGUCGUUGCGCGCUGCGCAGGCGCUGCUGAAUGACGAGGGGACUGUCGUGCCGCUGCCGUGCCCAUUCCUGAUCACGCGUCUUGUGGCGGCGACCUUGCGCGGCAUCGAUGCCGACAUCGCCGAGUCUCUUCUUUGGGUCGCUGGGCAGACACCUGCCUCAGACUCCGCUGUCGGGGCGGGUGUCGGCAGCGGCGUCGAGGAUGCCGCCGGUGGCAUGUUGGUGGAUGCGCGAAGGGGCAGAAGCGUCAAGAGCGGCAUGCCGCAAAGCCAGCGCGUGGCGGCCGUAGGCGCUCGGGGGUUGCUGGAAGACGGAGAGCACCGCGGCACCGGUGGUGGCGGGCACGCCCGUUAUGCGGAGGAAGAUGAGGAAGAGAUUGCUUUGCCGGGGCGGCACCCUAGCCACGCGGCUCACCGUACUGCCUCCGGGCACCGGCUGCCCUCCCACCACCAGAGUCGCUGCGUUCGACACCACCGGAGCAUCUCCGCUGAUGCCCGCGUGGGCGGCAGCGCGUCUUCAGCGGCUGCCAGCUACUACACCGUCGAUAGCGAGGAGGACGACGCCGGAUACGGCGAUCACUGGUAUGGCGUCCUCGCACGUCGCGAGAGGAGCCAGUUGGCGCCUUCUCCUCUGCCGGGCCCCGCCACGGCCAACGGUUCGGGAAGAGGACCCGCCGCCGGUACCGCCAGUGCCUCCUCUGUUCUUCCGCACGCCACCACUCGCAACCCCUUCAGCGACCUCGCCUCCACCGGUGGCCCGCAGCGCCUGUCCCUCCAACCCCAGCCAUCCGAUGGCCCCACAUUGGUGCAUCAUCACCGCUUCCGCUACCCGUCCGUUCACGGCUACGCGGACGUGGCGAAGCUGUAUCUCAGCACGCUUGAUGACGCAGAACUCGUCCUCUCAUCACACGAUCCUGUGUAUGCCUCGCUGGUGCUGAGCACGGCGGACCUGCACCUGCACGAUCUACGUGACACCGCCAUGGCCGCCUCGUUGGUGAGCGCGUACUUGGUGGAUGUUGGCGAGGAGCACAUACAGGGGCCGGUGUGGGAGGAGUUACCGGCCGUCGUGAUCAGCGACGAGGGCGACGGCGUUGCGGCCUCGCCGCUCAACGUCGCAGGAGAUGGUGCCGCAAGCUCUUCGACUGUCCGUCCAGCGCCCGGCAGGGGCUUUUCUGUGACGCGUGCGCGACAAGGCAACACGCAGGGCCCAACCUCGACAACCGCAGCCCCGAGCGCCGCCGGGGUGGCUGCUGUGACGGCGGCAGCGGCCUCCUCUCAGUCAGCGCCGUUGCCGCCCCAGCAGCAGCAGCCGUACGUGCCGAUGGUCAUCCCGUCCUGGAACAACGAGCAAGAGAAGGAAGAGUUUCUCGCGACACUGCAGCUGCUGCGGCAGAUGCAGGCCUUUCUCGCCGUGGAGCAGACGACGCUGCAACACGAUGUGCUAUAG